ACUUGAACAUGGUGAAUCGUCGACGCUUUAUUCGAGUUGCAGUGAGCGACGAUGAAGAUGAAGCAUCACGUCCACGACGAACGCGGAAAAGAUUGAGGCUUUUUGAGGAAGAGGAAGACGACGAUAAUGAUAACAAGAACGAAGAACAACCACUGCAGAAAAAAGAAGAAGUUCCAGAAUCGCCUCAGCCUGCGGAGGAUGCUACUCCUAUUGGUAAACCAAUUAGGUUUUCGGGAAAAGGAAAAGGCAAGAGAAGUCACUACGAGUCCUUCAUGUUCAAUGGCGUCGAAUAUACUCUUGAGGAUUCUGUUUUUUUCUUUCCCGAGGAAAAAGGCCAAAAGCCAUAUGCUGCAAUUAUUAAGGACAUUAAACAAGGAAGUGAUGGUAAUGUGAUAGUGACGGGACAAUGGUUUUAUCGUCCUGAAGAAGCUGAGAAAAAAGGUGGCGGGAACUGGAAAUUACAUGAUACAAGGGAGUUAUUUUACAGUUUCCAUCGUGAUGAUGUUCCUGCUGAGGCUAUCAUGCACAAGUGUGUGGUGCAUUUUGCUCCCAUACAUAAACAACUUCCAAAACGUAAGGAUCACCCUGGAUUUAUUGUACAAAAGGUAUAUGACAAUGUGGGAAAAAAACUUUGGAGAUUGGAUGAUAAAGUUUAUGGGGAUACUAAGCAGCGAGAGAUUGAUGUGCUUAUUCAUAAGACUCUACAACUUAUUGGUGAACUACCUCGUAUUGAGUUCGUGGAAACCACUGAUGAUGCGCAUGACCAAAUGAAAAGUGAAAAAGUUUGAGGAGAAGCACUGUUCAACUCUUGAUAUUUCAAAGGAUCAAAAGCUUAUGAGGUGAACUGCAUGAAUAUUUAAGCUCUCAGCCACUCUUUUUCCAUUGUACCUCCACCAACUCAUGCAUGGCCAUUAGCUUUUUUUGUCUUUCAGAGCUAAAUUAUAUUUGACAGAAUGUUUGGUCAGAUACAUCUCUUUCUUUCUUUCUCUAAAAAUUUCUCUCAUAUACUUGUUUAUUGUGAUACAUAUAUAUUAUA